GGAGCAGGCGGCGGCGGCGGCUGUGCGAAGGCUGGGAGGCGGGCGCGGCUGCGCCGAGGGGCCGUGUCAGAGACCUGAAGGGUAUGUUUUCUCUCCCGGAGAUUAUCGCUGAAGGGCCGCUGACGAGGAAGGGACAUGCUUGACAGUUGUCCUCGGUUGCUGGUGUCGUGCUACGUUGUUUACCCAAAAAGGAGAGGCUGAAACCCCGCAGUUUUCAUCCUUCGCUCCUGGGGUUAUGGUACAACUGCAGUAAGAAAGCGGAAACUGCAGAAAGAGCAGCUGGGGGCUGAGCAUGGUAGGAUCUUGAACAGCAGCAGCAGCUGGCAUCGACGAGCAGGGGAAGGGAAGGGAUGGCAUCCCGAGAGAGGCUCUAUGAGCUCUGGAUGCUUUAUUGCAAUAAGAAAGAUCCAGAUUACCUGAAGCUCUGGUUGGACAGUUUUGUUUCUAGUUAUGAACAGUUCCUGGAUGUGGACUUUGAGAAGCUGCCAACUAGGGUGGAUGAUGUUCCUCCAGGAAUAUCACUGCUUCCUGAUAACAUUCUUCAAGUCCUGAGGCUGCAGCUGCUGCAGUGUGUCCAGAAAAUGUCAGAUGGCCUAGAAGAGCAGCAGCAAGCUUUGUCACUUCUGCUUGUGAAAUUUUUUAUCAUCCUUUGCAGAAAUUUGGCUAAUGUGGAGGAGAUCGGGAUGUGUUCGUACAUUAACCAUGUUAUCACCAUGACCACAUUAUACAUUCAACAGUUAAAAAGCAAAACAAAAGAGAAAGAAGUGGCAGAUCAGACCCCAAUAGAAGAAUUUGUAAGACAUGCAUUGGCUUUUUGUGAAAGUCUUUAUGAUCCAUAUCGAAACUGGAGGCAGCGAAUUGCAGGGCGUAUCCUUAGCACAGUUGAAAAGAGCAGACAGAAGUAUAAGCCAGCUUCCCUCACGGUUGAAUUUGUCCCUUUCUUUUACCAAUGUUUUCAAGAAAGUGAACAUCUCAAGGAAAGCCUCAAAUGUUGUUUGCUACAUCUUUUUGGAGCUAUUGUGGCUGGUGGUCAGAGGAAUGCUCUUCAAGCAGUAUCUCCUGCCACCAUGGAAGUCUUGAUGCGUGUUUUAGCAGACUGUGACAACUGGGAUGACAGGAAUCCAGAGGAAGUGAGCAGGAAGGCAGAGCUGACUCUGAAGUGCCUGACAGAAGUUGUCCAUAUUCUUCUCACCAGCAGUUCUGACCAGCGGCAAGUGGAGACUAGUACAAUAUUGGAGAACUAUUUCAAGUUGCUUAAUUCAGACCAUUCAGCCUUACCUAAUGCAAGGCGUUGUAGGCAGUGGGAGAAGAAGUUCAUAGCACUGCAGGUCCAAAUGUUGAACACCAUCACAGGCAUGUUAGACUGCACAGAUAGGCCUGUUCUGCAAGCGAUUUUCCUUAACAGUAACUGCUUUGAGCAUCUCAUUCGACUGCUACAGAACUGCAAGGUGUUUCAGGGACAUCUGGAUUGCUUGGCAGUAUCAACCAUUCAAGCCCUCACAGCAGUAAUGCACAAGUCUCCAGCUGCUAAGGAGGUCUUCAAGGAAAGAAUUGGUUAUGCACACAUAUAUGAGGUACUGAAGUCGCUAGGUCAACCCUCACGGGAACUGCUGGAAGAACUCAUGAAUAUGGCUGUUGAAGGUGACCACAUGGCUGUUGGGAUACUGGGCAUUAGUAAUGUCCAGCCCUUAUUACUGCUUAUCCAGUGGCUUCCAGAACUAGAGUCACAUGAUCUGCAGAUUUUCAUCUCAAGUUGGUUGAGGCGAAUCUGCUCUAUUAACAGGCAGAGUCGAGCCACGUGUGUCAACGCGAACAUGGUCAUCCGUAUCAUUGAGACGUUAAAUUCCCGCUCUGCACUCCAUAGCUCUUGUGCAGAGAAUCUGAUUGCCCUUCUGGGCUCUUUGGGGAGCCAGUCUAUGGGCUCGGAAGAACUGCUCCGCCUAAUACAGCUCCUGAGGACUGAGGAACCAAAACGGGCUCACCCUUAUGUCGUGCCAGUGAUGCGAGCCAUCCUAGCAAUGGCCCGGAAGCAGGGCAUGGCUAGUGCUUUGCAGUAUUUUAACUUACACCAUAGCAUGGCAGGAAUUGCUGUUCCAUCGAUUCAUAAGUGGCCAGGCUCUGCAUUUUCUUUCAAUGCUUGGCUCUGCCUUGACCAGGACCAAGUGACCCCGAGCACAACUAGCAAAAAUAGCAAGAGGAAGCAACUCUAUAGCUUUUUUACAGGAAGUGGUAUGGGUUUUGAAGCCUUCAUUACGUGCUCUGGAGUAUUGGUGGUUGCGGUUUGCACAAAGAGAGAAUAUGCAACAGUGAUGCUGCCUGACCAUUGUUUUUGUGACUCUCUCUGGCACAACAUAACUAUUGUUCACAUGCCUGGAAAGAGGCCCUUUGGUCAGAGCCUUGUCUACAUCUAUGUCAAUGGACAGCAGAAGAUCUCUGCCCCACUUAGAUUCCCUGCUAUGAAUGAACCUUUUACUUCCUGCUGCAUUGGUUCAGCUGGUCAAAGAACAACAACUCCUCCCCCAUCUCAGAUACCAGACCCACCUUUUUCCUCUCCUGUUAUGCCACAUCGUACAUCACUUGGAGGCAUCUUGUCUCCUGGAGGCUGGAGUGGGAUGCUUGCAAAACCAGAGCUUGUCACAAAGAUGAUCUCUGCAGGGACUCAAGAUAGUGAAUGGGGAUGUCCAACAUCUUUGGAGGGCCAGCUUGGAUCAGUUAUCAUCUUCCAUGAAGCACUGCAGCCCCAUCAGGUGAAAGCAUUGUAUUUGGCAGGUCCCAACUGUUUAACUCCAUGGAUAUCUCAAGAGUCUGAAGUAGCAGACCUCCCCAGUAAGGUGCUGCUUCAUUAUACACCAAAGGCCUGCAGAAACCCUAUUUGUCUUGAUCUGUCUGCAAAUCUUUUACAUGGAAGACUAACUGGAAACAAAGUAGUGAACUGGGACAUCAAGGAUAUGAUCAACUGUAUUGGUGGAAUAAAUGUGCUGUUUCCACUGCUGGAGCAGAUCAGCUUUCUUGGUGAACAGUUGCCACGGAAGUCUGAUGGUGAAACACUACCACCAGAGCUAGUUACUCCUGUAGAGGAAGACUGGGUGGUAUUGUCAUCCACAAAGGCAUCAGAGGCACGUUUGGAGAAGAACAUUGUUGCAACUUUCAUCUUGAUGAUAAAACACUUUAUUCAAAGACACCAUGUUAAUCAAGAAAAUCUCAUUCACUCCCAUGGAGUUGCCACUCUAGGAGCCUUAUUACAGAAGGUGCCAAGAAACUUGAUGGAUGUGAACGUGCUGAUGGCUGUACAGCUGUUGAUAGAGCAAGUCUCAGUGGAAAAGAACAUGCAGCUUUUGCAGCAGAUGUAUCAACACUUACUGUUUGACUUCAGUAUCUGGAACAGUGGGGACUUCCCCUACAGAAUUGGGCACAUACAGUAUCUUUCCACAAUCAUCAAAGACAGCAGAAGGCUCUUCAGAAAGAAGUAUGGUGUGCAGUUUCUUCUAGACACACUCAGGAUUUAUUAUGGGAGUGGCUGUAAGGACAGUGAUUUGACUCCUGAUGACUUGAAAACAAUAAGGACAUCCCUUUAUGGACUGAUCAAAUAUUUUCUGAGCAAGGGUGGAACACAUGAAGAAAUACAGAGCAUCAUAGGAUAUAUAGCUGCCACCAGUGAAGAGGAACAGCUCUGUGGAAUUUUGGAUGUUCUCUUCAGCCUACUUCAUUCCAGCCCAACCCCAGACCAGCUUUUUUUACUGCUUUUUGAACCAGGAAAUGCUGAUAUUCUUUAUGCUCUGUUAUUGCAUCAAAGAUAUUCUGACAGGCUGAGAGAACUUGUGUUCAAGAUUGUGGAAGAGAUGUUGAAGUGUACUAAAGUCUAUGAACGGAGUAAGCAGCGUAUGAGACUCAGAGAAGUGGGAUACUCUGGACUGGGGCUUCUUUUGAAUGAAUCACCAGUUUCUGUUUCGUUCAUUAAAAAUCUUCUUAACCAAAUUCUGUGCGCAGAUGCUGUUGUGAAUUAUAAAGACCUCAUAGCUGUAGUGCAUCUGGCUCAUAGAUCUGAUGUAAAUGUCAGAGUGGCUAUCUGUAGAAAGGUUUUGCAUCUUUUGCAUUCCCAACCAGAAGCAGCACAACAGAUUUCUCAGCAGCUGGGGUGGCAGGACACUUUGAUUAGACUAUUCCUGAGAGAAAACUCUGUCCGAAUUGGCCUCAAAGGGAACAGGGCUGAUUCUUCAAGGGAAGAGGAGAAAAAGCUUCCUGCUGAAGAGCUUCAGAAACAUUAUGCUGAUAAGACAGAGGGAGAAAAAGUUGGUAGCUUUGCCUCUGUUAAUGGUUUGUUUGAUCAGUGGAGUUUGGAAGAUAACAAAUCCCUGGAUGUUCCUGCUCAUUUCUCUGUUAUGCCACUAGAAGAUGGCUCUGCAGCAGACAUGUCUUUUAGGUCAGAGGAACGAGAAGAAUUGUGGCACAGUAACCCUUCCCACUUGAGUUUAGAUUUGUCCAGUGUUGACUCUUAUGAACUGGCUGAUACUGGGAAUCAGAUGACAGAUAGCCUGCCCAGCACACCGUCACCUGUAGAGAACACAAAACCAUUCUGUGGGCAGCCUGACAAGGAACUGGUUGUCAUAAAUGAUGUGGAUUUCACCACUGAUCUGUCUUUAUUUGAAAACCAAGGAGGGUGUGAUAACGAACUCAUACAGUUACUUACAGACAUCCUGGUGUGUAUAAUGUGGAAAGGCCUUGAAAGAUCUGAUGAUGCUGCUUGGAUUGAAAGAGGACAGGUGUUUUCUGCACUGACCAAGCUGGGAAUAGCUAAUGAAUUGCUGCAACCUUCUGAUGAAAUAAAGCUCAACUUGCUGGAGAAGAUGUUAGAAUGGUCGGUCACUGAUAACAGAGAUUCAAGAGCUCUUCCUAUGCAUGUUGAAAAUGCCUUCCGGCUCUUGCUAAUUGUACAAGAUUUCCUUCAGGCGGAAGGACUAGUUAAUUCAAAUUUAUGGACAGAAAAGCUCUUGGAAGAACUAGUGACUCUUAUGGAUUGUCUGUCAAUCUGGUACUCUGCUGGCCCAGAAGCAAUCAGACUUUCACAGGUGCAAGUCCAGUUGCUCCUUGGUUUCAUUGCACAAGAUAACUUACAGGUUUGUGCUAUGGCAGCAGCCAAACUAAACACUCUUCUUCAGACUAAAGUAAUUGAGAGUCAGCCUGAAGCAUGCUACCUCCUGGGGAAGCUGGAAGGCAUCCUGAGUAGAUCAAUUGAAGAGAAAACUGAAACAUACUCAUUUUUGAUUCCCCUUGUUCGAACACUCGUAUCCAAAAUAUACGAACUUCUGUUCAUGAACCUGCAUCUCCCUUCAUUGCCGCCUACUAAUGGCAGUCCCUCUUUCUUUGAGGACUUUCAAGAGUAUUGCAGGUCUGAUGAGUGGCAAGUUUAUAUUGACAAAUAUAUUAUUCCAAAUAUGAAGCAGUAUGAAGACAACUCAUUCAGAGAUUGUCAUGAGAGUAUGGCACUUUAUUGGAAAGGUUGUUAUGAAGCAUUCAUGGUGAAUAUGCACAGGCGAGACCGGGAGAGAGGAGAAAGCAAGCUGAAAUUUCAGGAGUAUUUUGUGGAACCGUUCAGCAGAAAGGCUCGCCAGGAAAAUCUGCGGUACAACAAUAUGCUAAAGCAACUUAAUAGUCAACACACAGCUACUCUGAGGCAGUGGAGAGCAGCCCAGCUUUACUUGCUCUCUGAACGUGGUCCUUGGUCUGAAAAGAAACAGCAUCCUGUUCACUGGAAACUUUCAAAUGUGGAAAAUUUUUCACGUAUGAGGCUAAAACUAGUGCAAAAUUACAACUUCAACUGUCAUCAGGAUGCUAGUGACCUGAGAGACAACUUAGAGCAGAGUGCUUUGACCGGAAAUAGAAUCUUCCAUCUGGGUGUGCAUCAGACACAGCCUUCUAGUGAGUCUUUGCUUCUGGAGGUGGUGAAGCAGGUGAAAGUGAGUGACUUGGAAGAUGAUGUGCUUGAGCUGCCAGAAGAAGACACAGCAGUCAGUGCCACUAUGGAUGAGAAGGAGGAGCAAAGCCAGAAAGAAAAGUUAGUAUUAUCUGAAGACUGUGAACUCAUUACAGUAAUUGAUGUGAUACCUGGCAGGCUGGAGAUCACUACCCAGCACAUCUAUUUCUUUGAUGGUAGCAUUGAAAAAGAGGAAGGGGUAGGUUUUGAUUUCAAAUGGCACCUUUCACAAAUUCGAGAGAUACAUUUGCGUCGGUACAACCUGAGGAGAUCAGCCUUGGAGAUCUUCCUUACAGAUCAAACCAACUAUUUCCUCAACUUCAAUAAGGAGGUGAGAAACAAAGUUUACAGUCGAAUUUUGUCGCUGUGUUCUCCAAAUGUUUCUGGGACUAGAUCUCCACAGGAACUCUUCAAAGCUUCAGGUUUGAUGCAGAAAUGGGUAAAUAGAGAGAUAUCCAACUUUGACUACCUUAUUCAGCUGAACACAAUGGCAGGACGAACUUACAAUGACCUUGCUCAAUAUCCUGUGUUCCCCUGGAUUUUACGGGAUUAUACUUCAGAAGAACUGGACCUAAAUAAUCCUGCUGUCUUUAGAGAUCUGUCCAAACCCAUUGGGGUGGUAAAUGAAAAGAAUGCUAAGGCUGUGAAAGAGAAAUAUGAGAAUUUUGAGGAUCCCCUAGGGAUAAUUGACAAGUUUCAUUAUGGAACACAUUAUUCGAACGCUGCUGGUGUCAUGCAUUACCUCAUUCGGGUAGAGCCUUUCACAACGCUUCAUAUCCAGCUUCAGAGUGGCAGGUUUGACUGUGCAGAUCGCCAGUUCCAUUCCAUUCCUGCCACCUGGCAGGCACUCAUGGACAACCCCAAUGACGUGAAGGAACUUACACCAGAGUUCUUCUAUUUCCCCGAGUUCCUCGAAAAUCAAAAUGGUUUUAACCUUGGUCAGCUUCAAAUAUCCAAAGAGGUAGUAAAUGAUGUUAUUCUCCCCAAAUGGGCCCACUCCCCAGAAGACUUCAUUUAUAAACACAGAAAGGCUCUGGAAUCAGAGUAUGUUUCUGCUCAUCUGCAUGAAUGGAUAGAUUUGAUUUUUGGCUACAAGCAGAGGGGCCCGGCUGCAGUUGAGGCACUCAAUGUCUUCUAUUACUGUACUUAUGAAGGAGCUGUGGAUUUGGAUGCUUUAACGGAUGAGAAGGAAAGGAAAGCUUUAGAAGGGAUGAUAAACAAUUUUGGACAAACUCCGUGUCAGCUGCUAAAGGAGCCGCAUCCUCAAAGGCUGUCUGCAGAAGAGGUAGUGCAGAGACUGACCAGAAAUGAUACCUCUACUCUAAAUCUCUUCCAGCACCUCACUGAACUGAAGUCAUUCUUUAUAGAGGGAAUCAGUGAUGGUGUCCCCAUUGUCAAAGCUAUUGUCCCGAGGAAUCAGUCACGUUCUUUUAUGUCGCAGGGAAGCCCAGAGAUCUUGGUAACAGCAAGUCUGAAUUGCCUUAUUGGAACCCAUGGUUGGCUACCGUAUGAUAAAAAUAUCUCCAACUAUUUUACAUUCAUCAGAGAUACUACAGUGACAAAUCCAAAAACCCAGCGCAACAUAGGUGGUCCUUUUGCACCAGGCCUGGAGAUCACCUCUAAAUUGUUUGCAGUAUCCCACGAUGCAAAACUGCUGUUUAGUGGAGGACACUGGGAUAAUAGCAUCAGAGUAACAUCUCUUACAAAGGGCAAGCUGGUUGGACAGCACAUCAGGCACAUGGAUAUUGUGACCUGCCUGGCAAUAGAUCACUGUGGAAUCCACCUAAUUUCAGGCUCCAGAGAUACUACAUGCAUGAUAUGGCAAAUAGUUCAGCAGGGAGGAGUGCCUGUAGGCCUGGCACCUAAGCCCUUACAGAUCCUUUAUGGUCACACUGAUGAAGUUUCGAGUGUUGGCAUCAGCACCGAGCUGGACAUGGCAGUGUCAGGAUCCCGGGAUGGAACUGUUAUUAUCCGCACUGUUCGGAAAGGUCAGUACAUGAGGACUUUGCGGCCACCUUGUGAGAGUUCUCUCCUGCUGACUGUUCCCAACCUGGCUGUGUCUUGGGAAGGUCAUAUCGUUGUCCACACCAGCAUAGAAGGAAAGACCACUCUUAAGGAUAAGAACGCAUUGCAUCUCUACUCUGUCAAUGGAAAGUAUCUGGGUUCUGAGACUCUGAAGGAGGAAGUAUCUGAUAUGUGUGUGACUGGCGAGUAUAUUGUGAUGGGCAGCUUGCAGGGAUUCCUUUCCAUACGGGAUCUCUACAGCCUGAAUCUGAUCAUCUCCCCCUUAGCCAUGCGACUGCCAAUUCAUUGCAUUUCUGUCACCAAAGAAUAUAGCCACAUCCUUGUUGGCUUGGAGGAUGGCAAGUUGAUUAUCGUUGGUGUUGGCAAACCAGCAGAGAUGCGCUCAGGUCAGCUUUCCCGAAAGCUGUGGGGAUCAAGCAAACGGCUCAGCCAGAUCUCAUCAGGAGAGACUGAAUAUAACACUCAAGAUCCCAAGUGACUGCUGCUUCUACCUUCUCUCAUGGAUUCCAGAAAAAUGCUUAAUCUUUUUGUCACUUUAAACAUCUCCAACUUUCAGGGGGUUGUUUCUUAACAAUCUGUUGAAGAUGAAGCUAUGGUAGAGGUAUAGUAAUUUCUGUACAUACCUGUGCAAGUUAACUUGCAUACUUUUCCUUAACCAUGUUGAGUUGGUUACAGCAGAAUCCUCUCUAAAUAGCUGCUAAAACUGUGUUUCAGGGAAACAAACAAAAUACCCUAGAUCUCCAAACUCAAACUUGCAAAUUGGAUUUAAGAUAAGUAGCACUUGAUAUAAAGCUGCAUAGGGCCAGAUGCCCCUUGAUCACAAGGAAGAUAUUUGGCUUUGCUUUGACAGCGUUGCAGUUCCCCAACAGUAAACUAAGAUUCCAUCAGUUGUGUUGGUGUGAAACAGGGAUAGCUGACACAAGUUUUUUUUUUUCUUUCUUUUCUUUUCUUUUUUUUUUUCAGACCAAUCCACUUGUGAUUUAUUCCUAUAAAUGGCUAUUGUUUACUUUUUCUUGUCUAGUUCUAGUUUUAGGCUGUUCUGCAAGGAGCAUCUGUGUUGCACUACUUGAUUAUCAGAAAUUGUGUAAAGUAUGGAAAUGAAUAACUUCAGAGGAGUUGAAGGUGGUGGAGUUGAAGGAGGUGGGAAAUACUUGCUGCUGAGAAUUAUUUAUAUUGUUAAGUAGUCUAAUAUACACACUAAGAAAUCCCGUAAUAUAUUUUAGGAUUGUGCAGAAAGACAGAGGAAAUAAUUAAGUUUCCACAUUGGUCAAAGAUUCUUUCAUUAGUAAGGCAACUCCUGCAAACAAAGAUAAUUUCAAAUAAAACUUUCCACUGUAAAAUCACUUGAACAACAUUCAGCACAAAAAUGAAAAGCAUCUGAUUGUUUCUUGGCUUGGUAUUCACCAAGCCAGUUGUUACCUAAGUUUUUGUUUCUGGAAAGCAAGCAAGAAAACAGAUAAUGGGUCCAUUUUCAAGGCAUGCUUAAUUCCUGGAAGAAUAAAAUAAAAGAUUCUUUCAUGCACUCUACACAGCAAAAUAGUUAUGGACUGGAUACUGUUCUUGGAGAAGACAUUAGUGAGUGGUUUUGUUUUAGAAAUAUAUGAUGGUAAAAGAGUGAAUGUUUUCCUGUUCUGGCAUUUCCACAAAGUAAAUGUUAAUGUUUCAAAUGAUAAGCCCUCUACUAUUGGGAAAGCUUGGUGCUAAAGGGAAAAUACUAAUCUUUGGAUUGAAGUGUGAGGUUGUAUGUGUGUGUAUCUGCCCUCUCCCUCUAUAUAUGUGUAUGUAUGUGUAUUGAAAGAAGAUACUAUUCCCCUUGCAUCUUUUGGGAUAAGGGGAAUAUAAAUAUAAGGCAGAGCUAUAAGUGAUUGCUAGCUAACAUUCCCUUUUGGGUUACCCUUUGCUCCCUUCUGCCAUUGCUUUUCUUGUUUAUUUUAUUUUAUUUUUAUUUAUUUAUGGAAAUGAGGAUCUGUUAUCUUCUAUAAAUGUUACCAGAUAUUCCCUCUGCCUGGGGAGCUGUUGAACUACCUGAGGAAUUCCAUUAUGCAUAAUCUCAUUUCAUUAGCUUUUAGCACAAUAUUUAUUAAUUCUAUAGGAAUAGUAGUACCUCUGCCCCUUACCCGCUUCAGGGUAAUCUUUAUGAGCUCUGUUAGUCUCAUUACAUCUGAUUUUUUUCCUCAAUUUCCUUAGCAACAAAAAAAGUCCUCCUUAAUAAUUGAUUAUUAUGUGUUCUGUAAAGAAUAUUGUGUUGCUUUUUCUUAAGUAAAUGAAAUAAUAAAUCAGACCAGUGAACAAGUGGGUCUGUGCAUAGUUGCAAUAUUCUAACUAAUUACUGUGACAGACUGGAUCAUCUGGAAAGUUAGGAGAAAAUAAAAAGCAUUCUUCCUCUUCAAGAAGACAGCUUGUAAUUUCCAAAAAUUUAAGUGGUGUGUUUUUCAGAUUCUGUGUACACACACACAUCCCAUAAUUUCAAAUAAGCUGUCAAGAAGUGAAGGCAUAAGUGAAGAAUACUAUUUAUGAUUGAUUACGUAGCCAAUGACAGUACUAACUGUACGCUGGAAGCAUUAAGCGUGUGUGCGCAAACGUGCGGUAGGCUUGCCCGUUAUGGUUUCUCGAAGAAGGGAUUUCUGAGGAGUUCUUUGGAGAGCACUUCACAAGAAUUCCAGCUUUGAAUGUGUGACUUUUGUGAUGCGGGAAGUCAAACUUGUUUUGUGGCAUUGAGGUACGGCUUUUAAGUGUGCAUAUAUGUACUGGUUUAAGUGCAUAUAUGAGGUUAAGUGUGUAUAUUUGCAGUGGGGGGAAAUUAGGAUGUUUCAGGCUAAGAGAAUAAAGUAUAAAAAUGGAAAAGGGUGGUUUUUAGUAAUGUUUGGCCAGAAUGUAGGUUUUCUGUCAUGUGCACGGAGAUUCGCAUAUGGGUUCAAGAACCUCUUGCUGUGUUUUAGGUAUGUUUAUACAAAAAUGGAAUUAAUGAAUGUGUUCAGUAGUUUAAAGAAUACUGAAUACAUGAUGUCAGCUUACGUGUGUUUCCAGUAACUGGGGAUGUCAGAGGUUAUGAAGUGCUUUGAUGUUUGAAUGCCAUCAUUUCAGUGCUUCACGGGCAUUGUGAUAUGCACAAAUAUGUGGGAACAGUUUAAAUGUGAGCGGUUCUUGGGCUCUUGCACUUGAAGCUAGUUUGUGCCCUGCAGCAGCAGAGGGAGGAGAGGGACAGGCGAGCUCAGGCGUCCUGCUGCUGUGCAGGACGGUAGCAUCUGUUGUCAUUUAUCCUUUUAUCUGCCCCUUGAAGAUAAGAUGUACGUGCUGUGCUGUCAUACUCAGCGCUCUUUCCAGAGUGCCUCCAGAAAGACCCCCAUAGGUUUGAAGGUGUGCGCUUUGCCUUUAUUUAAAACUAACUUUAAGUAAAAUAUAGGCAGUAAGUGCAAGUAUUAGCUGAUAUUUUGCUUAAUUCUAUUUUAACUUAUUUUUGUAAGUCAUUGAGUUUUUUGCUUUUGUUUUUUUGAAGAAAAAUAUUUUUUCUGAACAGCUGUCUAGUUGAUUGAAUUGUAGUCUGUUAUGCAGUGCACUGGGAAUUGGGGUAGUGACUUUCUUCAACUCUUUUUCUUUUUCUUCAAGAGAAUAAAGCUUAGAUCCCACCACAUUGUUUUUCAUGUAGAACAGUGCAUAAUAGUGAAAUAAUUCUUUGUUUUUGAACUAAGAUUUAUUUAUUAAGUGUAAGAAGUAAAGCUGUGAGAUGAAUCAAUUCUGAUUUAAUAAUUCAGAGUAAACAAGUCUUAAGUGCACAGUUGUUUCAUUUGUCAAGAUCACCGUGGUGUUACCGUUGUUUUACAUUUAAUCUUUUGGACACCCCUAAUAAUAUUUAUCAAAGCUGAAAAUAUGCUUACCUUUGACACUAAGUAACAGUGUAAAUAUAUGUAUCUAAAAGAAACUGAAAAUUGACUUUCUUGCAUACCUGUGUAUAAACUAAAUCAAGCAGUUAGCUGUAUUGAGUAACUUCUCUCUAGCACAGUUAGAACUUGUAUACCAAAGGAUGAUGCUUAGAAGACAUACCUCCUUUAUUUAAAGUAUAAUAUAUGUCAAAUUUGUCUUUAUUUAGUUAUAAUUCUUUAUGGUAUUUUUUUUAGUAGUCCUAUUUUUAAUCAAUAGUGAAGAAUCUCAUCUAGUCUGUACGGUUUUUGUAGCAUAUCAACAUUCAGAAAGUUAAAUGUUCGCUUUUCAAGUUGGCAUCUGAAUUAUAUGAAUUAUACUGUAUUGAUGUAUUUGUUAUCUAAUACUCGUAGGAUAUCUAGAAACAUGUCUUCCAUCAUCCACAUACCUUACCAACACCAGCACAAAAUAAUAAUAAUCUCCAUCUUUAAGCUAAACUGUAUUUCUCUCAUUGGUUGAUGCACGUUGUGGAAAUCACAUUUUAGGAAGCUUGUUUCAUUAAAAAAGAGAUUACAGAAUGUUUUGCUAUUCUGCAACGUAGAUAUAAACAAGCUUUUUUUCCCCCAGCCAACAGUAGAUCAUAGAUGUUACCACAAAACAGAUAUAUCUGUCUUUACAGGCUUUAAUCUAAAGAAUUGGCCAUUUAUAUAAAGAUCUUCUUUAAGGCUCUAUUUCUGUGUCCUUAAAAUGAAGUGCAAAGAACUAUGUUUCUGUACUGUAAAAAUCCUGUGUGGUACUGGUAGUGGUCCUACAUCAGUUGCUUUAAGAUGCCUGCCGGAAUUAAUUUAUUUUUAUUUACAGUGCACAGUAGGUGUUUAAUCCUGCCUGGCUCAAUGGGAGCUCUGUACGCGACUCCCCUAGACCUUGUCUCCUUCCUCCCCGGCUUCCUCCCCAGCUCUUUCCUGGUGACUUUUGUCAUGUGAGACUGGAGAAUGUCUAUGUAGAGCAACCAGUCACUUAAACACUUUGACUGUGGAUGUGUUGUAUUUAGUUGAAAGUGUUUGUUUACAGAUUACAGUAUGGUAGAGAGCUCUUAAACCUUUAAAGAGGGGAGCAGAGGAGGUUGGUAUUCCCACCAGCUGCCUUAAGCGCCUAAACUGAGACUCUUUGGAGACUCCUGACUGCUGCUCUGUAUGGUCAGCUGGAGGCACCUCUCCUCCACUGUUAAAGGCACCUCACUUGCUAGGUUAGAUGCCAAGGCUGGGUGCUGUGAAUUAUUUUUCUUCCAACGAGCUUAAAAAAAAAACAAAACCAAAAGCACCCCCCAAACUAUAUAGGUAGAUACAUGUUUGUAUGUGAACCUAAGGUCUAAUCUAGCAAGUAUUAUUAGAUGAAAGCACUAAGGAUAUAUUUAACUUAAGCAUGCAGCUGAGUGCUUUCUAGAAUGGGCUCUUCAUGCUUUUUGGUUUAAAAGCCCUGUAGCUUUCAGUUGUAAAUGUGACAUCUAUUAGUUGCUUGUGAAAGUUACGCUAAGAACUGAUGCAGUACAAACAUACACUUUAGGCCAGUUACCAGCAGGUAUUAGCAAAAUCUCUACAAAGUAAAUAUUGUAGAUGAGUGAAGAAAUAGCUCUCAGAUGACAUACGCCACAAAGUGCUACGCUUGUGCAGACUAACUUAUUUUAAUUCUUCUUGCUGAGCAUGAACAUUUUUUGGGGAGAUGCCCAGUAGUACUGUAAUAAGCCAGCAACAGCCCAGUAAGUACAAGAGAGUUGGUGAAAAGGGUGUCCAGUAACAGGCUGUAUUAAUUUGCAUUGCUUUAAAACUGUGCACAUUUAUUUGGCAGGGACUGCAGAGAUCCAGUCAAUGAUGCAAGAUACACUUCCCCCUUUGGGGACAGUUAAGUUUUCUUUGCAGUUAUAUGCAUGUGGAUUCGGUAUAUGCUAAUGUCAGAUUCAACUGAGUGUUUGGAAGCUGUCUUUCCUUCCAUCCUCUCAUUAUCUCUAAUACCCUUGUUAGCACAUGCUCUUUUUUUUUAAGCAAGGAAGAGUUUCUAAAAAGCUACUGCAGUUGAUGAAACUAUGUAAAAUAUUAUUGUCCCCUUCACUAUAAUAGUCAUCAGAUGCCUGAAUGCAGAAAUGCCUUGCAAGUGGCAGCAUAGCAUGCUCUGCAUAGGUUGCGUUUUGAGUCAAGUGCUGUUGUUCCUCUUACUGCUGCCAGAAGCAAGGUCUACAGUCUUGAACACCCUAUAAGUGAGGAGCUGUUUCUAGUGUUUAAUCAAAGAUACCAUUUGUUCAAUUUUAGUUCACCUCCUUUUGCUGUGCAUCUCUAAGAAAACUGGUGGUUUGGCUCUUGUUUUCUUUUAGUUUCCAUUUACCUAAAUGGCCCAGGUAGCGUAGCUGUUUCAUUGCUUUUUUUCAGAAGAGAGUUCCUCCAGUUGUGUGCACUUUCUAGUUCUGUCUGCUGGACUUGGGACCUGCAGACAAGUAUUUCCCAAGUGUAGAUCUGUGAUUCGAUUCAGUGCAGACACAAUUUCAUAACACAUGUUCUGUCCUAGAAGCACAAUUGUCAGUAUAGAUUAUGGUUUAAAGCUGCUAAGGUGUCUUGAGAUACAAAACAUCCAGCCAUAUUUAUCGCAGGUGUAACUUAGAGGGCACUCGUUUGUUUGUAUCUAGUCAGUAUUUACUCUAGAGGGAGCCAUGCUUUUUUGCCUCGAAGCAAUUGUUUAAAACAAAGUUAUUCAUGUACCUGACCAUACUGCUUUGGUCAUAAGUAGUUGUAAGCUGUUACUUAAAGAAAGCUAUGAGGAGGGGAAAAAAAAAAAAAAAGGAACAAGAGAAACUUGCUACAUGUGUUCUGAUUCAACCAUUAGCUAUGCAGGAGCAGCCUAAUCUUAGAGUGGAGAAACGCUGCUUUUAAGAAUUAUCUCCCUUUCGUCAGGCUUUUCUUUGGAAACUGUGCUGCUACUCGAUUUUCUUGAUUAAGUUAGGUAAGUGAGACACUUGAACAUGCUUCAGCAUUUGUUCCAAUUACUAAAGCUUACUGGGGGUGGGGGAAAUGAAGGCCUUACUUAUAGCAACAGUUAAUCAUAUCAUCUAGUAAUUUUUACAAAUUGUGCAAUUAUGUGAUUACAAAGGAUUUCUAAAUGCCAAAAAAUGCCUUUCUUUAAAGAGUUAAAUGCUAGGUCUGAUGAGGAGUGUUGAAUAUAUCUGAUUUCAAAUGUGAGCCUUCAGGCACUGUAAUGAACUUGUUAGUCUUCUGUGCAAUAUCUUUUUCCCUUCUGGGUGCUUUAAGUGUAUACUGUACAUCUUACUGUUUUGAUCAGUAUGUUUUAAGAGUGUGUAUAUUGGCUAAUGAUGGAUUUUUCUGUACAGCAUGAUGGAAUAUGUUUUAAAAUUUUGCACUUUUCUAGGAUUUGCAAGUUUGUAACCUAACAAUUUUUAAGAUGCACACUUUUGUACAUAACUAAAUCAGCUUUGUAUAUAUUUAACAUGGGUCUGAAGCAAAUAAAAAUAAUUG